AUGGACAGUCGAAAGGGCAAGCCUGUGCACCAAAUCGAAAGCUUUCACAGUGCAACCAAGCUACGCCAAGCAGGAGUUAAUUUUAAGUCUCGAGGAGAUCGUGACUGCUUACUUGAUGUAGCAUUCCAUAGAGGAUUGAGAACAGAGUUUUACAUACCACAGCUUAAGAUACACCGCGACACUGAAAGUCUCUUCAGAAACCUUAUGGUCUUGGAGAAGCGUCUUUAUCCAGGAAAAGAGUACAUCUGCCAUUACAUCAACCUAUUGAGUAUUCUUGUUGUCAAACCUAAAGACGCGAAACUCCUAAUGAAAAAUAACAUUGUAACUUCUUACAAAGACGAAGUUGCAGUGAGGGACCUGAUUUACCGUCUUGCAUCAAGCGCGACUGAUCUCUAUUCCUGUUAUCACGAAAUCUUUUCGGCGGUGGAUGUAUAUUAUAAAAGCUCCUGGGCCAACAACCCCGCAUACUUUGUAGAGGAGUUUUUCGGGAAUUUUUGGAAAGGUGUUGCAACGGUUAGUGCAGCUAUCCUCCUCAUCCUCACUUCGGUACAAACAAUUUGUGCGAUCCUUAGCCUGCGCUAG